CCUCGGGACAUCAUCGAACGCACAGGCUGCGGGUUUACGUCCCACCCAACCUGACUGAAGAAGGUUGGCGGCAUUGUCACAGGGGAAACUGCGCCGGGCUCUGCGCUUUUGAUUCAUCUAAAUGGUCCCGCUCCGUUCUUCCGUCCGGGCAUCGUGCUUCGUUACCAGCGGCAGCAAGACGCUCCUUGCAGCGCUCCCCAGCAUCGUUCAUUGCGAGCAGCAUCGAGCAGUCGGUCCUUGCAGCAGCAGUGAGAGAGGGACCUCCCCCGCCGCAGCAGCGAGCAGACGUUCCCCUUGCACCAGGAAUCAGCGGCGUCUCUCUCUGCAACAGGGCGCAGCGCCUUCCCCUUCGUCCAGGCGAGGAUUUCCUGCAACGUACACGCGACAGCAGCGACGACAGUUCCUACUGCCACCACGUUUCUUUUUCCUCUGCUUCUAGGCGAUCCUCUCUGCCCAGAAGGAUCGCUUUUGUGAAUGAUUGUUUCCUUCGGCUUUCCAGAUUCAUCCACAUUAGGUUUAUGGAGUGCUAGGACAUAGAAAGUGAAAAGAAUUGCAUAGCAGCUUGUGGCUGCUAUGGAUAAACCACUAGAAACUGGCAUUAGUUUGGAUACCAUAUCCCUUUGAGCCCAAUGUACCUUGAUGGAGAGCCGAAAAAGUGGAAGAAACAUAUUCAAUGCAGAGGAUGAUAUAGUGCUUUGGAAAAACUGGGAUGCACAGUUUAUUGAGUUGACAAUGGUCAUAUUUACAAAUCAGUUAAACAUCAGUUAAAAGUACAGGGUAGAGACUUUUGUCUAUUCCCUUUUCUCCAUGUUCUUAUUUCUCGAAGAAAACACCUUGGAAGUUUUAUUUUUGGUCAUCAAACAGACGCUCAAGGAUGCUUCGCCACUUAUUUGUAAAUGGCAGCAAGCGAGCCACCAUUCCCGACCCUCAACAGAGUGUGGUGCGAUGGAACUUUCUUUUGCAGGACAUUUCAUCCACUGGCCAGCAAGAAGUCGUGCUUUCCCUCUUCCGGGACAUGCUUUCUGCCGGUGUACACCCAAAUGCCUCCACCUUCCCUUCUGCACUUUGCUCCUGUGCACGUCUCUUAACUGCUCGACUUGGCCAAACCAUCCAUGCCUUCGCCUGCAAAUUGGGCUGCGGGUUUGAUCCAUUUGUAGCCUCCACAACCCUGCACAUGUAUGCUGUCUGUGGCCGCAUGGAUGAAGCUCACCAAGUGUUUGUUGAAAUGCCUCGAAGAAAUGUCAUCUCCUGGUCGAUAAUUAUUCAGGGAUAUGCACAGAUUGGGCAGCUUGAGGAUGCAUUUGCUUUGUUUAGGCUCAUGCUACGGGAAGGUGGGGUGAUCCCUAACGCUGUGACCAUGAUUAGCUUGGUCCCAGCAUGUCGGCAUCUUGGAGAUGGUGAGUGUGUUCAUGCCUUUGUUGUUAAAUUGGGAUUGGAAUCCCAUUCUCUGGUGGGCACUUCACUUGUUGACAUGUAUCUUAAGUGCAGGGAUGUUGAGGGAGCGAUCUACUUCUUCAACAGGUUGGAAGAUAAGAACACAGUUUCCUGGUUGGUGAUGGUUUCUGGAUUAGCUAAGAGCGGCCAUCUGGCUGACGCGGUUUUGAUAAUGAGUAGGAUGCGAGAAUUCGAUGUGAAGCCGGAUUCAUUUACACUGGUUGAUAUGUUAUCUGCAUGUGCUCAUAGUGGUCACAUGGAACUGGGAAUGUUGGUCCAUUGCUUUACUGUAAAAACUGGCUUAGAGUGUGAUGAGUAUGUCGGCUCAGGGUUGAUCAAUAUGUAUUCCAGUUGUGGAUUGUUGAGUGUUGCACAUACCAUCUUUGAUCAUAUGACCACAAGAAAUUUGGUAGUCUGGAAUUCAAUCAUGCACUGGUAUGCUCAAGAAGGGAAUCUCCAGGUUGCAGUUAUGCUCUUUCAUGAGUUAAAAUAUAGUGGUUUAACUCCUGAUUUUAUUUCAAUAAGGAGUUUAUUGUCGUCAGCUUCUCUGGUAGCAGCUAACUUUUUUGGUAAAUGCAUCCAUGGUUAUGCUGUCAAGGUUGGUUUAGACUUGGAAGUUGACACUAUAAAUUCUUUUCUGGAUUUUUAUGCUACGGUAGGAGAACUCCAGGACAUGGAAUCCUUGUUUUGUACUGUGAAAGAUGAAGGAGAUUCAGUUUCCUGGAAUUGCAUGAUACGUGGCUACUUGGACAAUGGAUAUCCCAAUCACGUUCUCAGGAUAUUCAGCAAUAUGUUGUCUGCAUCUAUUGCUCCUGAUUCAGUCACUCUUUCUAGUGUUUUGAAAGUAUUUGCAUGCAAUGGAGCUAUGAUGAGUGGGCUCUGUGUUCAUGCUUUUGCCACCAAAUUAGCAUUAACAUGUGAUAAUUUUGUUGGAACUGCUUUAGUCGACAUGUACACAAAAUGUGGUGAAAUUGGCUCUGCGUAUCAGAUGUUCGAAGAGAUGCCCGACAGAGAUGUGGUGACAUGGAAUGCCAUGGUUGCAGGAUACAGUCAGCAUGGUCUUAUGGAUGAAGCGUUGGCACUUUUCAAUAGCAUGAAUGCAGAUGAAAGUUAUACACUUCUUCCAGAUUUUAUCACGUUGGCAUCUGUUGUUUCUGCUGUUGCACAUUCAGGAUCUUUGGAACAUGGUAGACAGUUGCAUGCUUAUGUAGUGAAGAGGGAAUUCUUGAGAAAUACCACUGUAGCAAAUGCUACCAUUACAAUGUAUUCCAAGUGUGGUAUUGUGGAAGAUGCAUGGUCUAUCUUUGAGAGGAUGCUUCAUAAGGACUGUACAUCUUGGACUGCCAUGAUUGCAGGCUAUGGCAUCAAUGGUUUAGGUCGAGAUGCAGUAUUUCUCUUUGAUAGGAUGAAACAAGAAAGUGACAUCACCCCAAGUGAUAUCACCUUCCUUGAGAUACUCUCUGCUUGCAGUCAUGCAGGGUUGUUGAAAGAAGGGCUUUCAUACUUCAAGUCUAUGAAAAGCAUAUACAAGAUUUUGCCAUCAAGUCGACAUUAUGCUUGCAUUGUUGAUCUUCUCGGUCGACAUGGCUGUGUGUAUGAGGCAUAUUUGUUGAUAAGGUCAAUGGCUGCCACAGCAUCUAUUAAACCUGAUGCAGCAGUUUGGGGUGCCUUAUUAAGUGCCUGCCGGAUUCAUGGGCAGGUAAAGUUAGGAGAGGUAGCAGCUGAUGAGAUAAUGAGAUUGGAACCAAAAAACAGUGGCUACCGAGUAUUACUGUCAAACUUAUAUGCUGCUACAGGUAGAUGGAACAAUGUUGCGGAUGUUAGAUGUGUUGUGGAGCUGGGUGGCUUAAUAAGAACUCCUGGAUGGAGUUGCAUUGAGGUUAGAAAUUGAAGGUCAUACAUUAAGCAUUUUAAGGGACCCAUAGUGUGCUGUCUUACUCCUUAAUGGUGGAUGAGAAGAAGCAUUCAGCGAAAACUAUUUCAUUUAUAACCUGCUUUACUGACAUUGCAGUCAAUGUGUUUUAUGACUUUCCAAGAUUGUUUUACAUUUCGCCCAGAGUAAUAACAUGUGUAUCACUAAUCUUGGGGAACUCGAAUGGUUGUAAAUGUUUCCUUAACUCCAAAGUACUUAUAAAUUCUUAUUUAAGUUCUGAAGUAUUUGUAAA